CUUCUUGUGACGUCAGGGGAUCAGACAUUAAACAACUGAACGUGGUGAGGGAAUGCAAGCGGCAAGACUAUCUGUCACGCUGUAAACCUAACAGCCCAGGACUGAAUUAGAAACGGAUUUCCACCCCUAUCUUUGUAAAUAAAAUGUCUGCUGUGUCGCCUUCUGUGAAUGGAAGCCCGGUUGUGAAGUACAAUGAUUUUGAAGAAUAUGAAAGAAGGCGAAGAAGGGCACAACAACAGCAGAGGAACCGGACUCAGGAACAAGAACAGAUUACGGAACAUCAGAGGAAUCACAGCACUGAGCACAGAACAGCACCGCCUCCAGUAGACGACUGUGAAAAGCUGGGGACUCUUUUCGGAGAGCUCAACAAGUGCCUGAGAAACCUUGGCUUUACACAGAUGUACUUUGUGGAGAAGACUGUUGAGCCGGUGGUGAUAAUCUUCUUCUGGGUGAUGUUGUGGUUCCUGGGCAUACAUGCUCUGGCCCUGGUGGCUGCUUUGAGCCUUGUCAUCAUUUUCAUUCAAAAAUAAUAUCUGCCCAUAAAAUAAAGACUGUCCUUUUAUCUCUGCCACGCAUUUGUACUGGUGCUGUAUUAAAGAUUGUUUUAUCUGUGUGGGUGGAGCCCAAGGGGAAAUACUGCAGAAUUAUGAUUCUAAUGUGUGGGGUAUGUAUUUAUAUGCUACUGGAUUCUGCCGAGUCAAUGCCCAGGGGACGUAAAGUUGUCGUUAAGGCAAGGGCGAAAUUACAGACCUUAUUAACAUUCGGUAAAUAGAUUACGUUUACAAUUAGGCAUGCUUAAAAUUCAAAGGUAGAGCCCAGCACACAGUCACGCUAAAGAAUCAAGAAGUGCAGUUAACAUAUGUCUUGAGUGGUGAAAUGCAAUUCAAAGUUGCUGCAGUUUGUCCACUGUUUUCUCAUUUCAAAUAUUUUCACAAAACAAACAUUAAACUUUAAAGCUAAAGUGUGCAGUGCAAAAGCACAUGAUGAAAAACCACAUUUGUAGGUGCAAAACGCUACAAUAAAAGUCGCUAUGUUUAAAAAAAAUAUAAACACGUGACAUUUUCGGUCCACUAAAAUAACUGGCUUUACAUAAUCUCUGUAAGUAAGAAAUUGGAGUGCCCAGUGUGAAAACACAACACAAAGUAAUACAUUAAUAUAGCAUCCAAAGUAGCACUAUAACAUUAAAAUGUUCAAUACAAAAAAAAUGCCUGAGUUACAAGCUCUUGUAGUGUCUAAAAAAAUAAUAAUAAUCCAAAAUAUGAAUUGUAGCAUAAUAACAGGAAAGAGUAAUCAAUCAGACUGCGGAGUCUGUAUCAUUUGAACCGAAACCACCGAUCUCCACAUCUUCGACAUCUGAACGUUCAUGAUUGAUGAUGCAAGCAAUUGUCUGAAUCAUUAAUACACAAAGCAACUACUUCUAGGCAGUUUUUUUCUGUGCACGUGAGCUGUGAUAUUUCCCCUCAGACAUUAUUUGCGCAUGGUUAUUAAAAACCAAAAAUGAAUGGAGAAAAUGUUACUUUCAGCUAAAUGUGGGGGGGCCAUUGUUCAAACCAGGUGUUGACUCGGCAGAAUCUGAUAUAUAGACAUAUGAAGGUAUAUAACCAGGGUUUGCUGCUUCAUUAACAAAAAGAACUGGUAAAAAAAAAAAAAAAAAAAAAAUCCACAGUAUUAGUUCGCCUUCUUCCCAUACAUGUACCCUUUACCCAUCUAAUUUUAACAAAACAUCUUUUAAUGAACUCUUCCAGCAUGUUUGUAGUGAACUACUGUAUAGUGUUUGCUAGCUCUCUCUCCCUUGUUGGGUGCUACUGUGUGUGACUGCUGAAAAUGUAGGCUAUAUCUUUGAUAUACUCUACUGCAUGCAAUUCAGGGAUGAUUUAGACCUGCCUUUUUUUGCAAUGUCUCAAUAUUUUGCCAAAUUGGGUUCCACUCAAAAUUUUAAUUCAGAAGUUCUGUUACACACUUUCAACACUGCAGACCUGUAAAGAGGUCUAGGAAAAAUAACUCAAAACAUACCUCUUGGGUAUACCCUGAUCGAUUGUCUUAUUUCUGUAAAAGAAACUAAAAUUGGAUCUCUUUUUAGAGCAUAUUAUAGCACUAGGGAAUUGCCCUAGUUUUCCUGAAGCACCUAUCUAUGGUUAUUAUCCCUAAAAGUAAGUGGUGGAUGCAAUCUAGGUGAAUUUCCUGGUAAUGGUACUGUAAAAUACUCUAGAAAAAAUCCAUCUGUUACUUAUCCCAGCAGAUCAACUUCACAGUUCUGAAACGAAUAAAUACAUUAAUAUUUCAUGGUAUAAAAAGCAAACAGUGUGGCUUACAGGGGAAAUCAAAUGGAAGAUUCCAUACAUUCAUGUACCAUCAGGAACAUCUGUAAGUGACUGGGGGUCAAAAUGAAUUGUGCUUCACUUGUACAGCAUUGUGCAAGAACUAGUUUAAGUAUUAAAAAAAAAAAAAGAAAAAACCUAUCUGCUUUAAAUGCAUUGGAUGUGGAAUUUGUAGAAAAAAAAAAUACUGUAUUCACAAAAAAGCAUGCGAUUGCUUCACCCUGUUUUAUUGGCUCUGGUUACAAAGCCCUGAUAUUUGAUCUCCAAUGAAGACGUAUUGGGUUUGACUAUGGUGAUCGGUUCUUCUCAAGUAAUAUAAACAAUACAUUCACUGUAAUAGUACUACAUUGUGUCAAAUACACAUCUAUAAUUUUUGGAAGGUUAAUGCACCUGUUUUAUUUGUUUGUUUAUUGCUUUAAUUUAAGUACAUGAAUUAACAGGGAAAUAUGAGUAAUGCUAUAAAAAAAUAUUAUAUUGCAUUUUGUAUGUUAUUGUAUGAAUUGUGGAGUAAUGAAAACCCAAAUAUGUUUAAUCUAUACGCUGUACAUAUCAUCAAUUAUUAAAGCUGCAAGAUUUUUAUAUAUGACUGAAAAAUAAACAGCAUACUUAAGUGUUUUUAAGAAUAUAUUUUACAAAACAAUAAAAAAAAGUUAACUCUA